AUGCGUCCUGAGAUUGAGCAGGAGCUGGCUCACACCCUGUUGGUGGAGCUGCUCGCCUACCAAUUCGCCUCCCCAGUCCGAUGGAUUGAAACUCAAGAUGUCAUUCUCGCCGAGCAACGGACGGAGCGUAUCGUUGAAAUUGGUCCCGCAGAUACUCUCGGUGGUAUGGCCCGCCGCACACUCGCCUCCAAGUACGAGGCAUACGAUGCUGCCACCUCGGUACAGCGUCAAAUUCUCUGCUACAACAAGGACGCCAAGGAGAUUUACUACGAUGUCGACCCCGUCGAAGAAGAGCCAGAACCCAGCUCUGAAACACCUGCGGCUGCUGUCGGUGCUGCAGCUCCGGUGGCUGCGGCUCCUGCCGCCGCCGCCGCUCCUCCCCCCAGUGCUGGCCCGGCUGCCGCAGUGGAGGAUGCGCCAGUAUCUGCCGUGGACAUCCUGCGGUCUCUCGUGGCCCAGAAGCUUAAGAAAGGCUUGGAGGAGGUGCCAUUGACAAAAGCUAUCAAAGAUCUCGUUGGAGGCAAGUCUACAUUACAAAAUGAAAUUCUCGGAGACCUGGGUAAGGAGUUCGGCUCCACACCUGAGAAGCCAGAGGAUACUCCGUUGGACGAGCUUGGUGCUGCCAUGCAGGCCACCUUCAACGGCCAAUUGGGCAAACAAUCUUCCUCCCUCAUUGCUCGCAUGGUUUCCUCCAAGAUGCCCGGUGGCUUCAACAUUACGUCUGUUCGCAAGUAUCUAGAGACACGGUGGGGCUUGGGCGCGGGCCGCCAGGACGGAGUGCUGCUGUUGGCCAUUACCAUGGAGCCUGCUGCUCGUCUGGGCUCUGAGCCCGAUGCCAAAGCUUUCUUGGACACCGUGACAAACAAGUACGCUGCCGCUGCGGGCAUCAAUCUCUCUGCCCCUGCGGCUGGGGGUGACAGCGGGGCUGGCGGAGGUGGCAUGAUGAUGGACCCUGCCGCCAUCGAUGCCCUCACCAAGGACCAGCGCGCCCUCUUCAAGCAGCAAUUGGAAGUAAUUGCUCGCUACCUGAAGAUGGACCUGCGCGCUGGUGAUAAGGCGUUUAUGGUUUCCCAGGAGAGCCAAAAGGCUCUUCAAGCUCAGCUUGACCUGUGGUCUGCUGAGCACGGUGACUUCUACGCCUCGGGCAUCGAGCCUUCUUUCGAUUCCCUGAAGGCUCGCGUGUACGAUUCGUCCUGGAACUGGGCCCGCCAGGAUGCUCUCAGCAUGUACUACGAUAUCAUCUUCGGUCGUCUUCAAGUCAUUGAUCGUGAGAUCGUCAGCCAGUGCAUCCGCAUCAUGAACCGUUCCAACCCUCUGCUCCUGGACUUUAUGCAAUAUCACAUCGACAACUGCCCCACGGAACGCGGCGAGACGUACCAACUCGCCAAGGAGCUGGGACAGCAGUUGAUUGAUAACUGCAAGGAGGUCAUGGAUGCGGCGCCCGUCUACAAGGAUGUGGCCGUUCCUACCGGCCCUCAUACCACCGUGGACGCCCGCGGCAACAUCAGCUACGAGGAAGUGCCCCGUGCCAGUGCCCGAAAGCUCGAGCAUUAUGUCAAGCAGAUGGCCGAGGGCGGCCCCAUCUCGGAGUACAGCAACCGGGACAAGGUUCAGAAUGAUCUGAAGAACGUGUACAAGCUUAUUCGCAAGCAACAUCGCCUGUCCAAGGCCACCCAGCUUCAGUUCGACUCUCUUUACAAGGAUGUGCUUCACGCGAUGAACAUGAACGAAAACCAGAUUAUGCCCCAGGAGAACGGCUCCACGAAGAAGUCUGGUCUGAAGCGCACCGCCGCCCUUCGCCCCGGCAAAGUGGAGACCAUCCCCUUCCUGCACCUCAAGAAGAAGUCCGAGCAUGGCUGGAACUACAGCAAGAAGCUUACUGGGGUCUACCUCAACGUCUUGGAGUCUGCCGCUCGUUCCGGUCUUUCUUUCCAGGGUAAGAACGUGUUGAUGACCGGUGCCGGUGCCGGGUCCAUUGGUGCCGAAGUCCUGCAAGGUCUGAUUUCUGGUGGCGCCAAGGUCGUCGUGACCACCAGUCGCUUCUCCCGUGAGGUGACCGAAUAUUACCAGGGCAUGUAUGCUCGCUUCGGUGCUCGAGGCUCUCAAUUGGUUGUGGUGCCCUUCAACCAAGGUAGCAAGCAGGAUGUGGAGGCCCUUGUGGACUACAUCUACGACACUAAGAAGGGUCUCGGCUGGGAUCUCGACUUUGUUGUGCCCUUCGCUGCCAUCCCUGAGAACGGUCGCGAGAUUGACUCAAUUGACUCCAAGUCCGAGUUGGCCCAUCGUAUCAUGUUGACCAACUUGCUCCGCAUGUUGGGAUCUAUCAAGACCCAGAAGCAGACCCACGGCUUCGAAACCCGUCCCGCGCAGGUGAUCCUUCCUCUGUCACCUAACCACGGUACCUUCGGUAACGACGGCCUGUACUCCGAGUCCAAGCUGGGCUUGGAGACUCUCUUCAACCGUUGGUACUCUGAGAGCUGGGCCAACUACCUGACCAUCUGUGGUGCUGUCAUCGGUUGGACCCGUGGCACUGGUCUGAUGAGUGGUAACAACAUGGUCGCCGAAGGUGUUGAGAAGCUGGGCGUUCGCACAUUCUCUCAGCAAGAGAUGGCCUUCAAUCUGUUGGGUCUCAUGUCCCCCGCUGUUGUCAACCUUUGCCAGGUCGAUCCCGUGUGGGCCGAUCUUAACGGCGGUCUGCAGUUUAUUCCCGACCUGAAGGGCACGAUGACUCGUCUCCGGACCGAUAUCAUGGAGUCCAGCGACGUUCGUCAGGCCGUCAUCAAGGAGACUGCUAUUGAGAACAAGAUCGUUAACGGGGAGGAUAGUGGUGCUCUGUACAAAAAGGUCGUUGCCGAGCCCCGUGCCAACAUCAAGUUUGACUUCCCCAAGCUCCCCGACUGGGAGAAGGAAGUGAAGCCUCUGAACGAAAACCUCAAAGGCAUGGUCAACUUGGACAAGGUUGUCGUUGUCACUGGUUUCUCCGAGGUUGGACCCUGGGGUAACUCCCGUACUCGCUGGGAGAUGGAGGCCUAUGGCAAGUUCUCCCUUGAGGGCUGUGUUGAGAUGGCCUGGAUCAUGGGUCUGAUCAAGCACCACAACGGCCCCCUCAAGGGCAAGGCAUACUCUGGCUGGGUUGACGCCAAGACUGGCGAGCCUGUUGAUGACAAGGAUGUCAAGGCCAAGUACGAAAAGUUCAUCUUGGAGCACACUGGUAUCCGUCUGAUUGAGCCUGAACUGUUCAAGGGCUACGAUCCCAAGCAGAAGCAGCUUUUGCAAGAAAUCGUCAUUCAGGAGGAUCUCGAGCCAUUUGAGGCCUCUCAGGAGACCGCGCAGGAGUUCAAGCGUGAGCACGGAGACAAGGUCGACAUUUUCGAGAUCCCCGAGUCUGGCGAGUACACCGUCCGCCUGCGCAAGGGUGCCAACCUUCUGAUUCCCAAGGCGCUCUCCUUUGACCGUCUUGUCGCCGGUCAGGUCCCCACCGGUUGGGAUGCCAAGCGUUACGGUGUCCCCGACGAUAUCAUCGAGCAGGUUGACCCCAUCACUCUGUACGUCCUGGUCUGUACCGCCGAGGCCAUGCUGUCUUCCGGUAUCACCGACCCCUAUGAGUUCUACAAGUACGUUCACUUGUCCGAGGUGGGUAACUGCAUCGGCUCUGGUAUUGGUGGUACCCACGCCCUGCGUGGUAUGUACAAGGACCGCUACCUAGACAAGCCCGUGCAGAAGGACAUUCUGCAAGAGUCCUUCAUCAACACCAUGAGCGCUUGGGUCAACAUGUUGCUCCUGUCUUCUACGGGUCCCAUCAAGACCCCUGUCGGAGCUUGCGCCACCGCUGUGGAGUCUGUUGACAUUGGUUACGAGACCAUUGUCGAGGGUAAGGCUCGGGUCUGCUUCGUUGGUGGAUUCGAUGACUUCCAGGAGGAAGGCUCGUACGAGUUCGCCAACAUGAAGGCCACAAGCAACGCCGAGACUGAAUUCGCUCACGGUCGCACCCCUCAGGAGAUGUCCCGUCCUACUACUACUACUCGUGCCGGCUUCAUGGAGUCGCAGGGUUGCGGUAUGCAGCUCAUCAUGAGCGCCCAGCUGGCCCUCGACAUGGGUGUGCCUAUUCACGGUAUCAUCGCUUUGACCACCACCGCUACCGACAAGAUUGGCCGCUCCGUCCCCGCGCCUGGCCAGGGUGUUCUCACCACUGCCCGCGAAAACCCUGGCAAGUUCCCUUCGCCCCUCUUGGACAUCAAGUAUCGCCGCCGUCAACUUGAGCUGCGGAUGAAGCAGAUCAAAGAAUGGCAAGAGUCAGAGCUCCUCUACCUCCAGGAAGAGGUCAAUGCCAUGCAGGCCCAGAGUGACUCGUCUUUCAAUGCCUCAGAGUACAUGCACGAGCGCGCUCAGCACAUUGAGCGGGAAGUUGUUCGUCAGGAGAAGGAUGCUCAGUUCAGCCUGGGCAACAACUUCUGGAAGCAAGAUUCGCGCAUCGCUCCCCUGCGUGGCGCCCUUGCCACUUGGGGUCUCACUGUCGACGAUAUCAGCGUCGCUUCCUUCCACGGUACCUCGACUGUGGCCAACGACAAGAACGAGUCUGAUGUUAUCUGCCAGCAGCUCAAGCACCUGGGCCGCAAGAAGGGUAACGCCGUCAUGGGUAUCUUCCAGAAGUAUCUCACUGGUCACCCCAAGGGUGCUGCCGGUGCCUGGAUGUUCAACGGGUGCUUGCAGGUCUUGGACUCUGGCCUCGUGCCCGGUAACCGCAACGCCGAUAACGUUGACAAGGUGAUGGAGAAGUUCGACUACAUCGUCUACCCUAGCCGCAGCAUUCAGACCGAUGGCGUCAAUGCUUUCUCUGUGACCUCGUUUGGUUUCGGUCAAAAGGGUGCUCAGGUCAUUGGUAUCCACCCCAAGUACCUGUACGCUACUCUUGACCAGGCUCAGUACCAGGCCUACAAGACCAAGGUCGAGUCCCGUCAGAAGAAGGCUUACCGCUACUUCCACAACGGCCUGAUCAACAACAGCAUCUUCGUGGCUAAGAGCAAGGCCCCCUAUGAGGAUGCCCAGCAGAGUCAGGUCUUCCUCAACCCCGACUACCGUGUCAGUGUAGACAAGAAGACCUCCGAGCUGAAGUUCUCCACCACUCCCCCCAAGGCUGAGGAGCGGGAGAGCACCCGCCAGAUGGUCGAGUCUCUUGCCAAGGCCCACGCUGCUGGCGGGAAUUCCAAGGUCGGAGUGGACGUUGAGAACAUCGACGCCAUCAACAUCUCCAACGAGACUUUUGUCGAGCGCAACUUCACCGAGGCCGAACAAGCGUACUGCCGUAAGGCUGCUUCUCCUCAGUCCUCCUUUGCUGGUCGCUGGAGUGCCAAGGAAGCUGUGUUCAAGUCGCUCGGUGUCAGCAGCAAGGGUGCUGGAGCCGCCUUGAAGGAUAUUGAAAUUGGAAGCGACGCAAAUGGCGCUCCUAUUGUCAACCUCCACGGCGCCGCCGCUAUCGCCGCCAAGGAAGCCGGUGUCAAACAAGUCACUGUUAGUAUCAGCCACAGUGACACUCAAGCCGUCGCGGUCGCGGUUUCGCAGUUUUAA